UGUGUGUGAGAGAGAGAGUGAAUGCAGUGUGUUUUUUUCAUGAGCUAAGGACUGCUGCAGUUCUGUCAGACUGUGUGUGUGAGAGAGAGAGCGAGAGAGAGGGAGAGAGAGACAGAGAGAGAGAGGGGGGAGAGACAAAGAGAAUCCAGCAGAUAUUCGUGUCGACCAGAGAGUUGAGAAACCAGCCCCAACUGGGAAAGUAAAAUCCAGAAGCACAGAGCAGCGGAGCACUCACUAACUCACUGCAAUGAUGAUCGCCACCACCCAGCAAAACAUGAGCAGGGAGCUGGACCUGGGGGAAUCGAGCCGGCCGCCGCGGAACUGGAAGGGUAUCUGCAUCGCUGUGGUGGUCAUCGUGGUGGUCAUGUCCCUCGUCAUACUCUCCAUCAUCCUGCUCACCCCCGAAGAGUCUCGCCUCUCUCUGCAAUCCCCAUUCUCCCUGGAGGACCUGAUGAGGGAGGAGUUCAAAGUUCACGACCCUGCUGUGACCUGGGUCAGCGAGUCCGAGGUCACGCUGCGCACCAGGGAGGGUCAUGUGAUCAAACGCAACGUGAAAACCAACGAGAGCACAACGCUGGUGGAGAACAGCACCUUCCUCACUCUCAAGGCCUCGCAGUUUCAAGUCUCUCCAGACCUGCGCUUCGUCCUGCUGGCCUACAACGUGCAGCCGAUGCACUCUCAGUCUUUCUCAGCCUCCUAUGCCAUCUACAGCGUGGAAACCAGGGAGGUCUCGGAGCUCAACCCCCCCGAAGUGAAGCGAUCCGUCCUGCAGUUUGCAGCCUGGGGAUCUCACGGCAACCAGCUGGUGUAUGUUUUUGAAAACAAUAUCUACUACCAGCCCGACGUGUCCAGCAGCGCCCAGCGCCUCGUCUCCACCGGCAAGGAAGGGGUGCUUCUCAACGGGGUCUCCGACUGGCUGUACGAAGAGGAGGUGCUCCACUCAUAUGCAGCGCACUGGUGGUCGGGUGACGGGGCGCGGCUGGCCUAUCUGACCAUAAACAACUCCGCCACGCCCAACAUGGAAAUACCUCACUUCCUGGGCGGAGCCUACCCUUCCAGCACCCACUACCCUUACCCCAAAGCAGGCCAGCCGAUCCCCACAGUCAGGCUGUUCGUGGUGAACCUGUACGGACUGGCGCACACGCUGGAGCUCAUCCCUCCAGACUCGUUCAGGACCAGAGAGUGCUACCUUCCUAUGGUGAAGUGGCUCAGCAGCACCAGGCUGGCAGUGCGAUGGUUAACCCGUCCCCAGAGCCAAUCAGCGCUCACCAUCUGCGAGGCCACCACGGGGGCAUGCCUGGAGAAACACAGAAUUGCCUCGGACGCCUGGAUCAGUAAACCGCAGGAGGAGCCCUUGUUCUCCCAGGACGGCUCCUCUUUCUUUCUGACUCUCCCGGUGAAGCAGGGAGCCAGAGGGGAGUUCCAACACAUCGCCCUGCUCAGCACCCAGGCCACUGCCCCCACGACCCCCUCUCGCUUCUUGACGUCUGGAAACUGGGACGUGACGUCCCUCUGCGCGCUUGACGAGCGGCGCGGAAAAAUCUACUUCCUGAGUACAGAGAACUCGCCACGGAGCCGACACCUGUACAGUCUCUGUGCUUCUGUCCACAGCGUGGACGUGGCUGGGGUGUUCCGGAGGACCUGUGUGACCUGUGACCUCAUCGCUGACUGCACCUUCUUCAAAGCGCCGCAAUUCAGCCCCGACAUGACCAGCUUCACGCUGCAGUGCGGAGGGCCGGGGGUCCCCAAGGUCUCCGUGCACCAGACUGACGACCCCAGCAAUUACUUCAUCCUGGAAGACAACGAGGCCCUAGAGGAGGCGCUGAGGGGGAAGAGGCUGCCGGUGACGGAGUUCCGGACCAUCCCCGCGGACGGCUACGACCUGCAGCUGAAGCUGUCCCUGCCAGUGGGGUACAAGGACCGGGUGCGCCCCCUCGUCAUCGUUGUUGACGGCACCCCGGGGAGUCAGUCCGUGACAGAGCAGUUCGCGCUGGACUGGGGCUCGGUUCUGUCCAGCUCUCUCGGAGCGGUUCUGGCCCGGCUGGAUGGCAGGGGGAGCGGGAACCAGGGCCAGAAGCUUCAGCAGGCGGUCCGGCAGAAACUGGGAUCGGCGGAGGUCAAGGACCACCUGAGAGCAGUGGAGUGGUUGGUACAGCAGCCUUACAUCGACCGCACAAGGAUUGCUCUGUACGGGAAGGCGUACGGUGGAUAUUUAACUCUUAAGAUGCUGGCAGCGACAGAUGGUCAGUUUAAAUGUGCGGCUGCGUUCGCUCCCAUCACCGACUUCAGUCUCUACGACGCAGCGUUUUCUGAGCGCUAUCUCGGCCUGCCUUCCAAGGAGUACGGUUUGUACACAGCUGCCUCGCUGCUAGGGGAGGCGCACAGACUGAGAGGCGAGCGUUUCCUUCUGAUCCACGGCACUGCAGACGCCACUGUUCAUUUCCAGCACACUGCAGAGCUUCUUCACAGCCUGGUCACUGUGGACGCCAAUUACACACUACAGAUCCACCCCGACGAGGGUCACACGCUCCAGUCGGACCGGAGCCGGCAGCACCUGAUCAGAACCCUGGUCCGAUACUUCCUGGGCUGCCUGCAGAACCCGCGGGGGAGAUCUUCAGAGCGACAAGAGGAGGAGUACUGAACGAGCCAGGCUGAACUGGACCCACACAGAACUCUGACAGAACCCAGUCCCAGCCCUCUGUAAACUCUCCUGACGAUGAAACGUCAGGGAGCAGGUUUCAGAUCACACCCUGGGGCAGCCAGCCCGAGCCAAACCGUAUUUAUACAAGUCAGAUGAAACACUGACCCCCUUCCUGAUAAAACACCCUAAAACUCAUCACAACCCGGAAUGAUAUAAAGGGCUCUCUUGUUUUAUACACAAGAUCCACCCUUCCCUACACACACACACACACACACACACACACACACACACCUUGGUGGUCAGCCAGGACUGCACAGGUCAACGUGACCGACUCCAUUAGCACUCUUUCACGCGCACUGGAAAGCAAUACAGAUUAUUAUUCUUAUUAUUAUUUUUUUUUAAACGGCUGGGAAACUAAAUGUGGUUGAAACAGCAAUCUUUAAAAACCUAUUGAGCCCAGAUCACCGGCGAGCAAAACCCCUGCGCAACUCCAGAGUGAAGAUCGAGGCAGAAAGACAGGCAGUGGAGAAUGUAUAUUGUAUUUAAAGAGCGCCUUGUUGAAAAUACAGAUGCCUCUUUAGUGUUGCUCACAUGCUUGGAAUGAGGGUCUGGAGUCAGAGGAGAGAACUCGGAAAUGUCAAAGACCAAUCAGAAGCAGCCGGGACCCAAACACAUUGCUGUUUAUAUCUGCUCCUGAUCCAGUCCAGUCCAGUGCCUCGGCGAGUCGCUGCUCUGUGUUGUUGAUCUGCCCUGGUGUGCAGCACAGCGCCCCCUUGAUGACUCGCUAGUUUGAUCAGACACUGUCGGGACAGUAUAUUGUGGAAGUCCUCUAUUUUCCUGUAUAAAGAGACCGUUCUCCAGUGCAUCGUUUUCAGUGUUUCCCAGUUUGUGUUUUGAUGUGCAAGUCCACCCAAGAGGAAGUGCUGUGCUUAGAUUUCUUUAUAAACACGCAGAUGUCUUGCGUCAGCAUGCGUUUCAUUCGGGUAGCAUGGAUCAGCUGCCAGUUUGGACCGGGGUUUGUGUCAAUUCCUGUUUAAAAUCAAUUCCCAAUUCCCAUCCCCAUUUAAUCAAUUCCAACACACCAUUGAUCACAACUGAAAUGAACAGCGUUCUGUUAAACGAGCUUCUCACAGACAGCGGGACGAAUCACUGCAACUCAAGUCGCUGUGAGUCAGUCAGUUACACCGGCUUCACAUGCAAGCAGCUGAACGAUCACAGAGAGCGUUAUUAUUACAUCUCUACACGAUCAACUCCUUCGAAGGAAUCGGAAUUGGGCGCUUGACCUGACCCCGGUCUGGACUCGCUGGGUUAGUUGCUGUACCUCGAUUGUGUUUUAUAUUUUUCAGAUAAACUCACUAAAUCCCAGCAUCAUAUUAUUGGACCUUGAAAUGCAUCUCUCCCUACUUCUAAAGCAGAAUGCAGGAGCUGUGUUUGAUGUUGCUGUAAACAGGAAUGAAUAAACUCUCUCUCUCACUCUCUCUAUAUUUAUAUAUAUAACGAUGACGCAUGAGCAGGAAUGGCAUGCACUUUCUCAUAUGCCUUGAUGACGAUGCCUUACGAUUUUCAAUAAAAUAGUUAUUUUCCUUUGUUCUAUAAAA